CGGAAGCCCGGUGCACCCUGGGAAGGCCGACUGCCACGUUGGUGUUGGCGAGUCAUCACAUUACAGCUGGUACAAUCUUAGAUUUGGGUCAAAACCCGCACAUUUCGGAAACUGGGACACUUAUAAACCCGAAGCGCUCUAGAUAAGACAUAGAAGACUUCAUAGCUACAAGAUUUAGCUUGUUGGAGUGAUUGUAGAAAGUAUCCCAGUUGUCACCAUGAAGGUGAAGGAUAUAGAGCGGACAGCUAACCAGGCAUGGAGCCCAGCAGAACACCACCCUGUGUACCUGGCAGCUGGGACAGCCGCACAGCAGCUGGAUGCAACCUUCAGCACCAGUGCUGCUCUAGAGAUCUACCAGCUGAAUCUUGGAGAGCCAGGACUACAGAUGGAGCCUGUUGGGAGCAUCACCACAGAGCACCGCUUCCACAAGCUGGUGUGGGGAGGGUACGGCAUGGGCACAGAUAACCUGCCAUCGGGGGUCCUCGUGGGCGGUACUGAUACAGGCAGCAUUCAUAUCUACAACCCAGCCAAGCUGCUGAAGGGGGAGGAUCCAGUGUUUGCUACAACAGAGAAGCACUCUGGACCAGUGCGAGCCUUGGAUGUUAACCCCUUCCAGAAGAACCUGUUAGCCUCGGGGGCCAACGACUCGGAGAUCUUCAUCUGGGAUCUGUCCAACCUGGAGACGCCCAUGACUCCUGGAUCCAGUAAUCUGCCCCUGGAGGAUAUCAGCUGUGUGGCAUGGAACCAGCAGGUCCAGCACAUCCUGGGCUCCUCCAACCCCACGGGCCGCUGUGUGGUUUGGGACCUCCGCAAGAACGAACCAAUCAUCAAAGUCAGCGACCACAGCAGCCGGAUCCGUUGCCAGGCUAUAGCGUGGCACCCUGAGGUGGCGACCCAGCUAGUUCUGGCCUCAGAAGACGACCGUUCCCCUGUCAUCCAGCUGUGGGACCUCCGCUUUGCAACAUCUCCCCUCAAGGUGCUGGAGAACCACACCAGAGGGAUCCUGUCUGUAGCCUGGUGUCCCCAGGACCCUGACCUGCUCCUCAGCUGUGCUAAAGACAACAGGAUCUUAUGCUGGAACCCCAACAGUUCUGUUCCUGGUGGGGAGGUUGUGUAUGAGCUGCCGACCAGUGACCAGUGGAGUUUUGAUGUGAGGUGGUGCCCCAGGAACCCUGCUGUCAUCUCCAGUGCCUCCUUUGAUGGACACAUCAGCAUCUACUCCCUGAUGGGAGGGGGUGUGGACACUCAGUCUGAGCAGCAGAGACAAGCCGAUAAGAUCUCCUCAUCAUUCCCUGGGAGUACAUUUGGUGGCCCCGCCCCCCAGCCCCAGGCCCAACAACAACCCAUGCCCCUGAAGAACCCCCCCAAAUGGCUUAGGAGACCCGUGGGGGCCUCGUUCGCUUUUGGAGGCAAGCUUGUUACAUUUGAAGAUGUGAAGGCUCCCCAGCAGCAGCAGCAGCAGCAGCAGCCCCAGCCCAGGAGAGUGUUUGUUAGCCAGGUUAUCACUGAACAGGAACUCAUCAACAGAUCCAAUAACCUACAAACUGCUCUGAAGUCGGGACAAUUUGGGGAGUUUUGUGACCAGAAAAUCAAAGCAGCAGAGACAGAGUUUGACCAGAGUGUGUGGAGCUUCUUGAAGGUGAAUUUUGAGAGCGAGCCUCGCAGCCAGUACCUGAGACUGCUGGGAUUCGAUGCAAACGAGUUGGCCAAUAAGGUUGCCGAGGCAACAGGACAAACAUCACUACAAAACGGACAUGCAGAGGAAGGGGUAGAUCCCAAGGAACUAGCAUCCAAGAUGCAACUGUUAACUGUUGAUACUGCUGGUGAUCAGAAGCUGACAUCUAGUGCCCAGGGAUCUCCUUCUGUCAACGAGGCAAGGGCCUUUACCUACAAAAGAAAGACCCCAGCAGAAGACAGCCCUGCAGCAGGUGCUGAUGUGUUUGAUACGAUUGCUGCUCAUGGUAAAGCCAUCACCACAGAGUCUCAGGAUGCCAGCAGGCCCGACUCCCCCUUCCAGAUAUCUGUAGAUGAAGAUUGUGAUGGUUUAAUUUGUCGGGCACUGCUCACUGGUAAUUUCGAGGCAGCCGUGGAGAUGUGUCUCCAUGACAACCGCCUGGCCGAGGCCCUCAUUCUGUCUGUGUCAGGUGGUCCUGAACUCCUGGCUCAAACCCAGAAAAAAUACUUCCAGAGAUCACAAAGUAAAAUUUCCAGGUUGUUGUCGUGUGUAGUGAACCGUAGCUGGGCAGACAUUGUAGAGCACUGUAAUCUGGAGAACUGGAAGGAGGCCCUGGCAGCUCUGCUCACGUACGCCAAACCUGAGGACUUCUCCUCUCUUUGUGGCACCUUGGGGAGCCGUCUGGAAACGGAGCAAGAUGGGCAGCUACAGGCUAACGCCUGCCUGACAUAUAUCUGUGCUGGGAACGUGGACAAGAUGGUCACCUGUUGGAACAAGAUUACCAAGAAUCCCAAUUCACCGCUGGCUUUGGAGGACCUUGUUGAGAAGGUGAUGGUGCUGAGGAAGUCUAUAGAGCUGACCCAGAAGCAGGCCCCACCGGUGUCAGGGGGAGUGUUGGCAGAGAAACUUUCCCAGUAUGCCGAGCUGCUGGCUGCACAGGGCAGCCUGGCCACAGCUAUGGAGUACCUGGGAGACUCUACUGAGCCCACCAUUGCCCAGCUGAGAGACAGACUUUACAGAGCACAGGGGGAGGCAAUGGCGCCCAGACAGGCCCAGACUGUACAGAGACAGGCAGCCAGACCUGCAGGAGUGCAGCAGCAACAACAACAACAACAUCAGUACAGACAGGUUGGUGUGACCACCACCACAUCCAGUGCCAACUACUACCAGCCCAGCACGUAUCCCUACGCCAGCCAGCAGCCCGCCCCAGCGCAGCAGCCCGCCUUCAUGCCGGCCUCCCAGCAGGCACCAGCCCCGGCUCCUGCAGCGCCCUCUGGCGGCAACGCAAACAUGUACACCCUGGGGGGCGCACAGAGGCCCAAGUACGCCCACUGGGGGGCAGAGAUGGGAGGGUUUGGCACGACGCAGACGUACACGUCCAUGCCGGCACAGCCGGGUGUACCACAGGGUACACCAGCUCCUUCCAGCCAGGCUCAGCCUCAGCCUACCCUGUUCACACCAUCCACCAUGGCUGCACCUUACAGUCAGACUCCAGGGGGACCGGCCUACUACCAACAGCCUCAACCUGCCCAGCAGCCUCCCGUACCACAGCCUAUGCCUGCACAGCAAGUUCCAAGCCAGUCGCAGAAAUCUGGUGGGAACAGUGGGGACAGCAAACCUGACAGACCGCAGGGCGCCUGGAACGACCCCCCAGCUGUCAUCAGGGCCAGAAAGAUAUCUGGGUCCGACCAUGGACACACGCCCAUGUACAUUGAAAGGCACUUACACUCCGGAAGACAUAGGGAUAAGCAGGAAGCCUACACACCCCCAGCCCCCAUCACCUCCCCCAUCCCCCUCCCCCCUGAGGAGCAGGCAGCGAUGAUGAACCAGGAGCCUCCAGGUGCACCCAUCCCAGCAGCUGUCAACCAGCCACAAGCAGGUGCUCCACAGUUUAACUAUGGCCAAUCUUACGCUGCUCCACCCAUCUCCAAUGUGCAACAGCAGUCCUCUGCACCCACCACCCCUAAAGAGAAAGGCCCCAUCCCAGCUGAACACCAGGAGUUAGCACAGAGUCUGGACUCUCUACUACAGAGGUGUAUGUCAACUGCCUCUCAUCCGCAAACCAAGAGAAAACUGGAGGAUGUUAGCAGGAGACUAGAAGCCUUGUAUGACAAGCUGAGAGACAAUAGUUUACCAGCUAAUAUCCUGACCAGUCUACACCAGCUAUCCCAGGCCUGUUCCCAGCACAACUACCAGGCAGGACUCAACAUCCACACACAGAUGAUCCAGGCCAGCAACUUCUCUCAAAUCAGCUCCUUCAUGACCGGCCUGAAAGUACUCAUGCAAGUGGCCACUCAACAGGGCGUUUAACCUUCACGAGUAAUGACGUGAAAGUUGAUAGAUGUUGGUUAAGGAGAUUGUAGAAGGCUGGCUCCAACACCAAACUAAAAGGUUGGAUUAUUGCUCCAGUUCUUCUCAGUGUAGAACAGGCUUUCUUGCACGUAUGGUUCACUACUGGCAAGUCCUAGAAGAAAGGAGUCAUUUUGCCAAGAAAGACUAUAAAACUUGUCUAACUCCUUGCUUCAUUUAUCUGUUGUUAUAAGAAAGCCUCUUUCAUCCUAAUUCUGGUCUAGUAUAUUGUCUGCACAGCUAAAUUUUUCUUUCCUGUACUGGCAAAAAAUUGUGUUUUGUUCAUAUUCUGUAACAGCAACAGAUGAAAGGGGCAUUAGUAUUGGUAGAGUUUCUUGCAAAUGUUGUACAGAGUCAAGGGGAAAAUAUGAAUAUAUGUACCAUAGUGAAUGCCUACAUAAAUGUUCACGACAAUGUUAGAAAUUUGAAGGUUUCAUGACACAUAUAAUGACUCCCUGCCCCCUGCAAUUUUAUCACUUCUCUGUGUUGUUGCCCAUGUAAACUUAAAGAAUGCAGUAUCUGAUUCGGAAUGACUUGUUGAGCAGUCAUAAAUGGCAAACAUUUACUAGAAUUUGUAGAAAUUAUGUAAGGUAAGAAGAGUUGUCCUUCACUACUGAUUUCAACAGGAAUAUAUGAUUCCAAAAAUUCACAUUGACUAUUCAGUGGAUUUGUUAAAAUUAAAUGCAUAAGCAUAAGUAGGAAAUGGCUUUAAAGGAACAUAACCCUAUUCAAACUAGUGUUGACUUACAGAUUGUACUGCCUUUGAGAGGUCAUAUUUCAAUGCAAAUCAUCCAAGUCUGUCCAAAAGCAACACAUUUAGGCAUACAUUUAUGGAGAAUACCAUCUCUGAAGUGCAGUUUAAAAUGUUGAAAUAUUGUGACAUUUUCAAGAUAGAAGUAUCCUGUGGCUGAUUUGUUAAGGAAAUGUUUUUGUUAGUGUAAGUGAAACUGUUUAAACAUUGCAGAUUUUAUCAAAACUCCUGUACUAAUAAUGUUUUUCUUGGGAUGUAUUUGAAGUCUGGAAAGAGGACACUGAAAAGGAAAACAAGUUUCUGCACAAAAGUGGAUGCUAUUUAUUGAUAUAUUUGCUGUUGAUACAUAAUAUGUGCGAUAUUGUCUGGGUCUGAAGAGAUUCAUACCCAUCUGUUUUUAUUUUUGAGACUUAUGAUUCAUAUGUUGUAAUAAAGCUGAUGUAGUAUGCAAAAAUAUGUUGUGACUAAUACUAAUAGUGUAGAUUUCUGCAAUGUACAAUAUAUCAUGACAAGUUUAAGUACUAAAUAUUAUCAUUUGAUGCUAGUAUGCUCGAUCUACUAACAUUGACAAUGAAGAAAUAAAUGUGCUGUUCUUAAGAAA